AAGCAGGAGGGAGCGAAGGGGCUGGGCAGUUGCCGCCUGGAGGCCUCCGUUUGAGGGGCUGCCAGGCUGCCACUCGCUCUCAGGGCCCACCCCCGCUUAGCCUCCCCGCGUUUUCCGAGAAGAGCUGAUGUGUUGACAGGUAGCAGCCUCCGUGGCAGGCGGCGGGGCCUCCGGGAGUAGCGGCAGGUCUGAGGCAGGAAGGGUGUCUGAGUGAGGGGUGGCCUUAGGAUUAACCCUCCCUGGCUCCGAACUGAAGAGAGGCCGAUUGGUUCAGCACCCCUUGGAUGGAUGGACGGAUGGACGGACAGGGUGCAGGACCGCGGUGUCUGCAAAUGCCCUUUGGUGGCCGAUGCCAGUUCAAGACUCAACUUCUGGCCAGUUGGCAGGGCCAGCCCACGGCAAGGCCAAGCCCAGGAUGAGUUCCUCCUCACUGCUGGGGGAGAGCUCCCUCGAACCCCCGGUGCUGCUGAGCGACAUCAAGACGGAGCCCCCCGAAGAGCUGCUGGCCACUGACUGCAACCAGCCGCAGGCCGAGCCAGUGGAUCUGUCUCUCCAUAAGCCCAAGGGCUCCCUGCAGCCUGCCCCCAUCCGCUCGGUGCCCAUGCCAGCUGCACCCCCGGCCCCCGUGGUUUCCAUGUCUCCCGUCGGGCUGGGCUCCUCUUCAGCCAUCCCUGCCGUGCUCUCGCCCGGCUCCAUCCUGGCGUCCACGCAGGGCAGUGGCGGGCAGCAGAUCUUGCACGUCAUCCACACCAUCCCUUCGGUCAACCUGCCCAGCAAGAUGGGUAACCUGCAGACUAUCCCAGUGGUGGUACAGUCUCUGCCUGUGGUCUACACCACCAUGCCCAGCGACGGCGUCACAGCCGCCAUCACAGUGCCACUGAUCGGAGGAGACGGCAAGAACGCUGGAUCUGUGAAAGUUGACCCCAGUUCCAUGUGCCCCAUGGAGAUCCAGAGCGACAGCGAGGACAGUGCCUCGGAGAGCGGGCCGGCCUCCUUCCCUGAUCCACAGAAAGAGCCCUCGGGGGGCCGACUGCCCCGGAUGGAGUCGCCCGACCUGAAGAAGAGGCGGAUCCACCAGUGCGACUUCGAGGGCUGCAACAAGGUUUACACCAAGAGUUCCCACUUGAAAGCACACCGGAGGAUACACACCGGAGAGAAACCCUACAGAUGCACCUGGGAGGGCUGCACCUGGAAGUUUGCUCGUUCUGACGAGCUGACCAGGCAUUUCCGCAAGCACACAGGCAUCAAACCGUUCCGCUGCUCGGACUGCGACCGCAGCUUCUCGCGCUCCGACCACCUGGCUCUGCACCGCCGGAGGCACAUCAUGAUGUGAGCAGGGCAGGGGGUGCGCAGCCCCGUGUCCCAUCAGCCCCUGAAGCGGCUUCCCUGGUCAGCUGGACCCUGCGGGGCCUCGGCUGCCAGGCAAGAGCCACCGACCCAGCGAUUUGCCCAGAAAAGAGCCUUUGUGCCAUCUGCGCCCCCCGAGAUUGGUCUUCGGUCUCUGUGGCUGGGAAGCUUCAGGGUCUUGGAAGAAUCCGGAGCCAAGCAAGGGACAUGGGUGGGUUGUGGGAAGAGACGGAUCAUCGUUCAGAGGGGCUUCUGCAGUGGACCCAGGCCAGGAAACUGCCGAAUGCGGGUUCCUUGGGGGAGUGCGUGCCAUGCCCAAGCAAGUGGACCUUCUCUACGUGGCCGGGCACUUCCAAGGUCUUGCCCUGCACUUCUUGCUCACAGCACAAGAACAGAAAUCGCACCAUACUAGGAUGUAACGUGUGUGUGUGUGUGUGUGCUGGGCUGAGGGUGGGUGAGCUUGGGGUUGAUUGCUUUUAACUACAUUUUUAUGAGCACUGAAAGAAAGUCUGUGUCUGAAUUAUGGCCCCACAGGCGGAACUGAUUUGCUUCUGGAGGGGCCAGGCAGGGUUGGGUGGAUUGCGCACAGCUGUCCUUUUGCAUUGCCCCACCCCCACCCCACUCCCACUCAGGACUGCAGCUCUCCUCUCAAGAGACACUUUGAAUCCAAGAUCAACUUUUUUUUUGAAUUUUAAAACUUUAUUGCAUUUGGGGAAGGGAGGAAUGCCGCUCCGAUCAAAGUAUGGCAGAACUCCUGCCCACCCAGAGCCCUACUCGGAAGAGAUCCUGGCUUGGCGGAGGAGGGGGGCAGAGGGGCUUGGCAGAGGAAGAAGUUGCGGAACGCAGAACUGUGACACCCCAUCAGGUGGGGGAAGUGGGGGGGGCUGGUUCCCAAUUCUGCCUACAAGGACAGAAAGGGCAAAUAAGGCGGAUAAAUUUUGAACCUGGCAA